AGCUUUUCCACUUGUCCCAUCAAGGUUUCUCCAUGACUUCUCCCAUCGACUCCGUCAUCAUCGAGAAGCUCAAUUCGCUCGAUAGUGAGUACGCUGCUAUUCGUCGUCAGCAGGAGAUUGAGACUCGCGCUUUGGAGAAGACCUACGAUGCCAAGUACCAGCCUCUCCUUUCUGAGAGGUCCAAGCUCGUUGCCGAGGGCGGCGUGCCUGAGUUUUGGCUCACUGUGUUGAGGAACACCGCCAAUUUUGGUCCUGAAAUCGAAGAUCAAGAUAAGGAGGCUCUGCAGUACUUGGUUGACAUUCAGGCUGAGGAAAUCCCCGGCGAAAAAGAGGAAGAUUUGGUUGCUGGUUUGAAGAUCACCUUCGUGUUCAACGAGAACCCUUUUUUCGAGAACAAGUCAUUGACGAAGACCUACCACUUCAGCGAGGUUAAUGAUAUGCUCCGUCAUGAGAUAACGUCUAUUGACAGCGACACUGUGGCGUGGAAAGCUGGCAAGGUCCUCACGUUAAAGUCUGUGGUAAAGAAGAAUAAGAAGACUGGCGCUACUAAGACUGUUCAGAAGGAGAGGGAGUCCUUCUUCAGAUUUUUCACUCCUCUCGGGCCUGAUCAUCCCAUCCCUGAAAUCUACUUGGAUUUGGACUCUGAUUCUGAGUCCGAUGAUGACGAGGCUGACAAGGAGCGUCUGCAGUUCUUCAUGAGCGCCGAUUUCGAGAAGGCUGAUGACUUGAAGGAGAAUAUUGUUCCUCGUGCCUUCAAAUACUAUACCGGCGAGGCUGCUGAUUACGAUUCCGAUGAGGACGAUUCGUCGUGUGAGGAUGAGUGCGAGUCCGACGAUGACUCUGAGCAGGCUGAUGAGGGCGCCGUUCAGAAGCACGAGUAAAUACACAUUUGUAUUACACGAAGGUUAGAAGUGGGCAUUUAAUGUCUCACUUAUUAUUCUACUGUUCUUCUUACUGUAAUCGUUGCAUCGUCCGUCACUGAAUUAU